AUGGCAACAAGCAGCCCACAGCCAGACAGUCGUCCGUCAGGUUUGUCAGGCCAGGGGAGGACAAAGGAGACACCAGUCAACGAAGUCCCUGGAGUGUCUCAAGCCAGGGACUGGAGUAUGAGGGCCGACAUCGGCCAACAGCUGCAGUUCCCCCGUGAGAUUACCACCACAUCACUCUGGCCAGACAUCGUGCUCUGGUCUGCUGCUGCCAAGUCUGCCAUGCUCAUAGAGCUCACCGUUCCAUGGGAGGAGGGAAUCCAUGCUGCCUAUGAGUGGAAAGCAGCAAAGUACUCCGACCAGGUGGCAGAGUGCAGAGAGCUGGUCCACCACCAUCUACCCUUUAGAAGUAGGCUGCCAGGGCUUUUCAACACAUUGACAACAAGGCUGCUUCGUGAUGUGGGAACAACUUGGGCUAAGCUUUGAAGAGGAACCAAGGCCCUUGGUGAGGAAGCAGAAAACGGAAGCUUCUGGCUGUGGCCGUGGCUGAGGAGGAGAGAUAAGAAUUGGGGAUCAAGCCAGUGAGAUGAGUCAGCUGCAGGCUGCCACCACCCCACAACCAGGAGGUGUUCCGGGGUUAAAGAGAGUGAAACUCCAAUGAGCGGUGGUCCCCGGCUGAUGACCCUGCAGCUGGCCCAAAAGGCGCCAUAGGAGGCGCGUCAGUCACUUUUGCCCGGCAGAAACAACACCAUACCUGUACAAUCAAUCUUUAUGUAAAAAGUGAACUCACCUGACCUCUGAAUGACAACACAACAUCAGAUACCAUCAGCGCUCCACUGUCAGGGUUGAACAGAUUAAGAUAGCCCAGAUAACCCAGCUUGUUACCAUUUCUUAGGGCCUGGUUUUACUUUUUUGUGGAGCUGUUAGUGAAUUCUGUUGGUGCUUGUCAGUUAUCCAUCAGUCUGAUUGCGGGUCAAGAGCACUGCGGGAAUUUUAGGUAUUUUAUCUUGAUGAGGAAGUACAGGUGCUAUAUAAAUGGCACUGAAAAAAGGGACAUCAGUUCUGAUCAGUCUUCAGACCAGCUCCCCACGACGCAGAGAGGAUGGCAAAGAGUGAGUAGUAAUAUAUGCACUUAUUUACAUCUGUACCAUGCCAAGAGGGAACCACAUGUAACAUGAUCUAGAAAAGCUGGUGACUCACCUGGGUCCAGAGAAGUUUGACUCUGGUGACUUUUGGUUCUGUCUGUAUGUUUCUCCUGCAGUGAUUAAGAAUGUGGACUUCCACUGUGAGUCCAACAACAUGGCUCAUCGCACUAUUGAAAUUACAUCAAAGCAGCUGAUUGUGAGGCGUGGACAGUCCUUCCUCCUGACUCUGGAAAUGAUGCAACCUUUCAAAAACAACGACGUACUCGUUCUCUCUGUGGAGACAGGUAGUUUACUAAAACGUUAAGCUGUUACUGCAUUUCUAUGUGCAGCGAUUCACAUGUAUUUUAACUCAUCAAUCUGUCCCUUUUAAUCAAUGACCCAACCCUUUGCUUACCAGGUUCUGCUCCAUCUGAGGUACUUGGGACGCGGUGUAAUUUUGGAAACCCCUCUCCUUUGUACACCAGUGAUGCCAGAGCAAUAUGGAAUUACAGCAUUGACAAGAGUGCCAACCUGCAACUGGGCAUUGUGACACUGUCUGUGUCCCCUCCAGUUGAUGCUCCCGUGGGCAGGUACUCACUCUCUGCAAGGACGACGAGUGACAAGAAAACUUUGGGGACCCUGGUGGUGCUCUUCAACCCCUGGUGUUCAGGUUGGUCGUGUAACUGCAGCCAUGACCAAAAGAAAACCUGUCAAAUUUGUCUGCACAGAUAUCAAGUUUUCUGAGUAAAUUCUGUCCAAUCAGAAAAACUUAGAACUUAGAAAUGAUCGAGGAGCUGAUGUUAUAUCCCCAAAGGUUUUUUCCAUGCUCUGUCAGAGAUUUUAUCGUGUACUUGGUCAUGCUAUGGUUUCCAGGUGACUGGGUGUUUCUCCCUGACGAGCAGGAGAGGCAAGAGUAUGUAAUGAAUGAACAAGGAGUUAUCUACUAUGGAACAGCAGGUUAUCCACGGCCCAUGGACUGGGUAUUUGGACAGGUGAGCAUCAGAUAUUGAUUGAGCUUCUCAAGACUUGCAUUUCACCCUCACGGCUUUGAGUAUUGGCUAUUGAAAAAUAUAUAUUUCAAAGUUUCUUGAACAUUUUAAGAAUUCCAGAAUGUUAAAAAGGUUCCAGAGCGUUUCAAAGAUUCUAGAACUUUUUGAAGAUUAUAGAACGUUUUAAAGAUUCUGGACAUUUUAAGCAUUCCGGAAUGCUUUAAAGAUCCUAGAUCAUUUAGAAAGUUCCGGAAUGUUUUAAAGGUUCUAAAGUGUUUUAAAGGUUCCAGAAUGUCUGGAUAAUUCUAGAAUGUUUAAAUGAUUCUAGAAUGUAACAAAGAUUCUGGAAUGUUUUUUAAGAUUCUGAAACAUUUAGAAGAUUCUAGAAUGUUUUAAAAAUUCCAGAAUGUUUUGAAGACUCUAGAAUGUCUAAUGAAAGAAUGAAAUACGAAAAGAAAAAUAAAGUCUAGACUGUUCUUCAAUAAUUGAACAUUCAAUAGUUAGACUUCUAAAAGGCACAGACUGGGUAGUUUGGUAUGUUGGUCUUUUUGGUCAUUCUGACUUGUAUCUUAUUGCUCAGUUUGAGGAGGAAAUGGUGGAUAUUUGUCUCAAGAUGUUGGACAUCAACCCGAAACACACCAGAAACCCGGCAGAUGAUGUGUCCGCUCGCUGUAACCCCAUCUAUGUUGGCCGUGUGGUCAGUGCUAUGGUAAGACCGUUUUAAAAUCACUUACUUUCAGUUUAAGUUUUUCUAAUUUCAACAAAUUAUGAUGUAACUUUUUUACGCCAUGCUUACUUACAGAAAAAAAUAUUGAAUCUUAUUCACAAAGGAAGUUAUAUCAGGAAUUUGCUUAUUUCCAGAUCAACAGUAAUGGUGACCAAGGUGUGUUAUUGGGACGCUGGCAUGACAACUAUGUUGAUGGAGUGAGGCCCACCCAUUGGACUGGCAGUGUGAGCAUCCUUCAGCACUGGUAUCAGAACAACUGCCACCCAGUCAAGUACGGACAGUGUUGGGUGUUUGCUGGAGUAAUGUGUACAGGUACUACACAUACUUAACAUCAAAGCUCAAAUCUGGCAUUAAUGGGUCAAAGAUAACAUUUGAAUUUAUCAUUCAAUCAGCUAAUAUUAACUUAUACAAUACCAACUCACAGCAAAUGUUCUCUUUAUGCUUGGGUGUGUUAAAAUGUGCAUUUUAUUCCAGUGAUGCGGUUCCUGGGUAUUCCAUGUCGUGUUGUCACAAACUUCAAGUCAGCUCAUGACAAAAACAGCAGCCUCACUAUUGAUGAGUAUUAUAAUGAAUAUGGGUUACGAGCCACAGGGAGCCAAGACAGUAUCUGGUAAGUCCUGCAUUCAGACACAAAGAUUAGGGGUACCAACAGAACCAAAGAGUUGCCUUUUUUAAUGGAUUUUUUAGAAUUUUUCCAAAAUGAACUCGGGUUUUAUGUGCUCAAAAACUGUUUAAAUACUUGAAAAAUCUGUUUGAUGCAGGAACUUCCAUGUGUGGGUGGAGGGAUGGAUGAAAAGACCAGACCUCAAGAAAGAAGACAAGUACGAUGGUUGGCAAGUCUUGGACCCCACUCCGCAGGAACUAAGUGAAGGUGAACACAAAUUGUAAAAAACGGAAUUGUGGGGUUUGAUUUCGAGAAAAAGCAGAUAAAAGUUACAAAUAAGUGAAAAUUUGUGUUUUUUUUACAGGGGCAUUCUGUUGUGGUCCAGCUCCAGUCGCUGCCAUCUUCCUGGGUGACGUUGACCUGAAAUAUGAUGUGCCGUUUGUCUUUUCUGAAGUCAAUGCCGACAUUGUGAAGUGGAUGGUGAGUAUGUGGAAAUAGUGGGGACCUUGAUGCUACACUGUCUGCAUAUUGUCAAAAAAACCUUUUAUGUCAAUCUCACACUAUCAUGCACUAAAUACAAAAACACCUGUGGCCUGUGCUCGUCAGUUAGUAGAAACAUUGUAGUGCAGUUUUGUUCAUCCUGUACAGAACACUUACCCUAACCCCUGAUUCUCUUUUCAGGUCAGUGCUGGAGGUGUAAAGAUUAAAAUGCACUCCAACACUUCAACAGUCGGUCAAAAUAUCUCCACCAAGGCUGUUGGCUUCAGCAUCAGGAAUGACAUUACAAGCAACUACAAACACAAAGAAGGUAAACAUUGUGUGAGGACAUGAAUGUGGCCAAAAACUCAUCAAGAGAAAAAGCUUCCCUUUCUGUUUUUAUAGAGGAAAUUUUAACUCGAUGAUCCUCAGCCCCAGUUAAACCGAGGAUGUCUUUCUUCUCAACAGGCAGUACCAAGGAGAGAGACGCUUUCAAGAGAGCACUGAACAGAGUGAACUCAGGAGAUGAUCAGGAGGGGAAGAGCAGAGAUGAGACUCUGAAGCUGGAGAUGAAAUUUGAAGAGGUAAGAAUUUUGAUGGUGAGCCACAACAAAAUGUAAGAUGUGUUAAAGGGAUAUUCCGGCGUAAAAUUAAUUUCGGGUCAAACACACCACAACACUGAGUUAGACACCCCCUCCAGAGAUGAAUGUUGCCGACCGCUUGCUUCUCUAGUUAUACCAACUUUAGUAACGACCACAGGAUAGCAAUACAAAUCGGUCUGAGGAGCCAUAAACAAACCUCAACCAAAACGCCACAAAUAAUGCUCAGAACAGCACCUAACUUCAUCAACAGGACAUAGAGGGUCACAGACAUAGUACUAGACACCAAACAUCUUUUUAACUUUGCCUAAUUCCUUCACGUUUAUGAUCAUGAUGAUCAUAAGUGUUCUUCCUUGAGCUGCGUCACCCCGCUGUAGUCCGUAAUGGACUGGCCUGAAAUCUCACUACACACAAGCGGCUGCUGGAAGAGAGUAUGUUCGACCCUAAAUUAAUUUUAUGCCGGAAUAUCCCUUAAACAUUAAAAGUGCUUCAACAAACAAGCAAACAUGAAACUACAAAAUUGUAUGAAGUGGAAAUUCUGACUAAACUCACAGGGAUCUAAAAUAAGGCACAGUUGAAAUAAGGUGAGUUGUAAAGGAAGAAUACACGUAUCCUCUCUGUUUUAGAAAAAUCAAACAAUCCUAAAUAAAUGUCCCAAAUAAAUUCAAUUUUUUUACGUGUUCACAUCCCUCUUUUUAUUUCUCAGGCGGGCAAGAUGCUGAAUGGUCAGGACAUAAAACUAAGCCUGAAUCUGAGAAACAAAGAUCGUACAAACAAGACAGUGUCAAUUCGCGUCACAGCCCAGGCCAUGAUGUACAACGGUAUACCAGCCAACAACAUUCAGAGCACAGUCCAAGAGAAGACCCUGCUGCCUGGACAAGGUCUCCAGAGUUCCUCUUAUCCUUCACCUCAGUUAUUAUGACCCAUUGUCUUAUCAUUGUUUUUUGUCAACAAGAAGCCAACAGAAGUUAAAAGACAUUUGUUAAACCAAUCUAAACAGGAUCUGAAUCAGACCUGUGCCUUACAUUUACCUCCCUGACCUUCUCUGUUCCACAGCUGAGAUCUUGCCAGUCCAGAUUCCAUUCUCAGUCUACGGUAAGUACACAGUGAGCUGUGACAGUGUGAAGGUUUCAGCUGUGGCCGUCAACAAACAGCAGGAAGAUGACAUCUAUGAAACUGAGACUGACAUCGUCCUUGAGGACCCUAAGGUCUCUAUCAAGGUUGGUGGAGUCCUCUGAUGUCGGUUUUGUUGAUGAACCCAAAGACAAAGGCACAAAAAAAAAAAACAGUGGGAUCUUUUUAUGUUUGAUGGAACAACUGCAACAGGGUAGCUGCUUAUGCUCAUCACUGAUGACUGUUUGGUAAACGUACAAGCUAGAUUUGUGUCUGUCUGGUUAAUGAAACUGAGUCCCAGGGUGACUCCCAUAGAUUCAAGGUGAUUAUGGGUAUAAUAAGUCUCUCCUAAAGUAAUUUGACCUUUUUGUCCAUUUUUGUCUGGGUGCAAAGUCCUUCUAUUCAAAUAAAGGAUUGUCUAAAAACGUAUGGUGGGAAUUUCUGUCAGCGCAGGGCUGAGGAACGAAUGUCUCUGAGAGUUUUAUUCAAAAUGUACCUUUCCAAGAAUUCGGAACAGGGUAGAGCUCAAAUUUCUAGAGGUUAAAAAGAGACUGGUGGCCUAUUGACCCAAAGGUUAGGUGGUUUCAAGAGUUCAUCUAAUGGUCACAGUUCCUGCUCUUGGUCAUACUUCCUCUUAACCAGUAAAUUCUCUUUCUAGGUACUACUUAAAAGCACACUCAGCCCUUUGUGAAGCCUGUUAUCUCAACAAUAUAGAAACCCUGAUUCAACAAUAAAACAUCACUUUCUGUCACUAAGGGCAUAUUUCUUUAUUCUAUAUCCUGACUACUAAUAUAGAUGGAGUGGAGAAUGAAUACAUGAAGAGGGUCAUGAAGUCUUUAUCAAACAUGUGUCUGUAAUCUACAGUCUGUCAGUCAUGCUGUUGGUUUGUGUUUUAGGUCUUAAGUGAGGCUCGCUUAUUCAAGGCAAUGACGAUGGAGGUGGAAUUUACAAACCCGCUCAAUGUGACACUGAGAAACUGCUCGCUGACAGUAAUCGGAUGUGGUCUUUUCAAAUCAGACUACAUAGAGGGGUAAGUGCUUGAAGCUGCAGUACAUUAACAGUCCUGUUUGUGUUACCUUCAGCUUGUCUUAUUCAGACUUGGCUCCAUCUUUGACUCAGAAAUACCAGGGAGCUGGACCCAAAAAGCAACCUGAGGCUGCGGAUCACAACCACCCCCUACAAGGCCGGGCUGAGGACUGUGGUGGCCGACUUUGACUGCAGUGCCUUCAGAGACGUGAAGGGGAGCUGCACAGUAGAUGUCAAAGCAUGA